AUGGCCACAAACACAGAAGUCCACGUACUCAUCAUAGGCGCCGGGAUCACUGGCUUAAUUCUGGCACAGUCACUCAAAAAAGCCGGAAUCCGCUACUCCAUCUUCGAGAAAGAAGUUGCCCUGAAUUACCGCAGCAAUGAGUGGACCAUGGCGAUCCACUGGGCUCUGGAUCGUCUGCAGGCCUUACUCCCCGAGGAGCGGUAUCGAGCGAUGAAUGACGUCUCCUGCAACCCUGCCAUUCCCAUCGAUGCAGGCGGACGAUACCCAGUCAUUCACGGGGAGACCGGAAAUAUUCUGGCCGCUGUUCCCUACGAGAAAGGGCUGAGAGUCCCGCGCAGCGGAAUGCGUGCACUAUGCGCAGAGGGCAUACCUGUACAAUACGGAAAGAAAUUGAUCGACGUUGCGUUUGCCGAGAGAGGCGGCGUAAUAGCCCUUUUUGAAGAUGGCAGCAUGGUAUCCGGAACGAUACUCAUCGGCGCGGAUGGACCGCGGUCGACGGUGCGCGAGUUUGCUAUGAAAAGCGUCGAGAAAGCGGCCGUGAGCCGAUUUCCGAUCUUCCAUACCAAUAUGACGGCAUCCUUUGACGCCGAUAAAGCACUGUUCUUACGGAAGCGGUUUCCGACGAGCUAUCUAGCGUUGAGCGACCGGUCGUUUCACGCUUUUCAGUCUAUCUCGAGCAUGCCCGAUGGGCCGGAUAACCCUGCCUCAUGGAUCUUCCAUCUCGCCAUGGCCUGGUUCACUGAUGUAGACGAACCAUCCUCCUACGAGGAAAGAUUACAUUUGAUCCGUCAGAGAGCCCAGACCUUAGCUGAGCCUGCACGAUCUGCAUUCACCUGGCUUCCGGAUGAUACACGAGCCAAUAAAGCGGAUAUCAGUUUCUGGGUCAGCCAGCCGUGGGAUAACCGAGAAGGCAGGAUCACACUGGUUGGAGAUGCUGCGCAUUCAAUGCCUCCUUACCGCGGACAGGGCUUGAAUCACUGUAUAUGUGACGUGUCGAAUCUUUUGCAAGGUAUACGGAAUGUAGUUGAUGGCAGGUCAGUCCUCAGCGAUGUGAUCACCGCUUAUGAGGCGGAAAUGAUUCCUCGAGGUAGGGAGGAGGUGACUUGCUCAGUUGAGAAUGGAUACAUGCUACAUGAUUGGGAGAAGGUGCGAGAGAGCGCAGUGUUUACGAAAGGGUUCAAACCUAUGGAUGGACAUGAUUCAGAGAGACUUGAGGGGAUGCAGCCAAGGGAUGAUACUGGCGCAUAG